GAAUAAGCGCCCCGCCCGCGCUUUGCGCUGGUCUCCGGGGAGAGCGGGUCCGGGCCGGCGUGAGGAGGCUGAGGGCCGAGCUCCCGGCGGCGAGCGCCCCCCAGUCCUUCAGCCGGGGCCCGGGGGUCUGCUCCUCCUGCCGGCGCCUUCCCCCGAGGGCGGAACCGGCAGGCAGGCGCGGGGAGGGCGGGAGGGGGGCCCACGCUGGGACCCUCAGUGGGGCCCGCACCACUAGGCGAAGGCGGGGGAGCCGAGCCCAGGGCGCCCCGUCUGCGCAUGCCCCGAGCGUGGCGCGCUCUCCGCCUGCCCCCGUUACGUUUCGCGGCGCUGCAGCCAAUCGUUCUCAGUUUAAUGGUUUCCCUCGGUUACAAGUACGUAGCGUCCGUGUUGGAGAACGGCGUCUCGGAAAGGUUGCAAAUGCAUGACUGUGGGACAGUACCGCUGCUGGAUGUGAUUUCAGGGUCUCGAAUUAUAGGUGGUCACGAAGCUCAUAUUGGAGCGUGGCCAUGGAUGGUUAGCCUGCAGUUUUCAAAAUUUUUCAACAAAUCCAUUCAUUUGUGUGGUGGAUCCAUAAUUAAAGAGAUGUGGGUCCUCACAGCGGCCCACUGCUUUAAAAUGUCUAGAGAGCCACAAUUUUGGGUAGCUGUAGUUGGAGUUAAUGAUAUUUUACAGAACCGUAAGAAGAAUAAGAAAAUUAAAAUUGAUGACAUCAUCAUACAUCCAGAAUACAAGCAUAAUACCUUUGAAAAUGACAUUGCACUAAUUCAUUUAAAAGAUCCUGUUACUUAUAAUGACUUUGUUCAACCUAUUUGUUUGCCAUUUUUUAAUGAUGUGCCAAAAAUAACCAGUGCCAAACGGUGCUUCAUAAGUGGUUGGGGAAAAAGAAGAGAAGAAGGUAUUCUGACACCUUUAUUACACGAAGCUGAAAUACAUUAUAUUCCUUGGGAUACAUGUAAUGCAAUAGGAAGUUAUUCAGGAAGAGUUCCUAAUACUUCAUUCUGUGCAGGUGAAAGUUAUGGAAAUGUUGAUACUUGCACGGGUGACAGUGGAGGUCCUUUGAUGUGUUACUUUCCAGAAAAUGAAAAAUUUUUUCUAAUGGGUAUUACCAGUGCUGGAGUUGGCUGUGGCAGACCAUUUUUUCCUGGUAUUUAUACUAAGGUCCUAUUAUAUGAAACAUGGAUAAAAGAUAUGUGGCUUCUGGAAGCUCCUACAGGCAAAAAUGAAAUGAAUAUUGUACAGGGAAAGAUUAUAAUAAUUAUGGUAUUUGUCAUCUUAUUUGUGCCCAUAUAAAAUGGCAUUAAUUUAAGACCAAGAUUACUUCACUUUGUAAUGUGUCUUCACAUCUUCAUGUUAUCUGAAUUUUGUGUAUCAGCAUUUCUUAUUGAUAUGAAAAAGUUCUGAUAGGUUAGGUAUACAGUUUAAAUUUGAUACUAAAUCCUAUGUUUUUCUUUAGUAUUUCUAUAGCUUUCAUUUAUAAAGCUAUAAAAAUAUAGCUUUAUAUUUAUAAUACUUUCCCCAUGGUUUAUAACAAAUAUAUGUUACAACAUGUACUUUAUAAUGCACAUAAUUAUCUAAAGUAAUAGAUGUCCAUCAGUUGGAAAAUGGCUGAAUAAGUUAUGAUAUAUGAAUGUUAUGGAAUAUUACUGUUCUAUAAGAAACAAUCAGCAAGAUGAU